AUGCUUAAUAGUGAAGUUGGAGUUGCAAAAGGCGAGUUGCAUGGAGGACGCGCUCGUAUUAGCAUAACCAGUGUUGACGACCAGUUGUUGAAUAACGUAGCUUGUGGUAUUAAGAAACAAACAGUUAAGAAAUCUUCUGAUAAAAACUUUAUUAAUAAGCAUUACAACCAUCGGUCCGAGCAAGAAUCUCAAGUUAAUAGUAAAAGGAUAGACGAUAACGAUAGUGCUACUAGUCAUCAUGGCAGUAGUACAGGUAUUAGCAGUAAUCAAGAUGAAGGUAAUUGGUCACUUGGUACCCCACUACGAAGCUUACUCGGUAAGGUUGUCAAAGCUGUCACCAGAAUUUCUUCUGGAUAUCAGGCGAAUACGAUCGCAGCUAAUGUUAAUGGACUAGAUGAUUCACAAUGUGGUGAAAAUUACAGAAAAUCUUCGAGCGGCUCUACUAGUAGUAGUAAAAGUAAAAAUCAAUCAAGCGUUAGCUCCCUAACCCAUGGCAAAGUACCUGGUGUAUCUGGAUUGAGAAAUCAUGGCAACACUUGUUUCAUGAAUGCCAUUGUGCAGUGUUUAUGCAAUACAGAUUCAUUAGCAAAAUAUUUUGUCUUAGGCGAAUAUAAAAUGGACGUCAAACGUCGAAAAAAAUCGAAAAAUUUAACAACUAAUGGUGAAUUGACCGAGCAAAUUGCUGUGUUAUUAAAAGGGAUGUGGACAUGCCGCUACGAUGCACAAAUGUCUAGUGAUUUUAAAGCUGUGGUUGGUAAAUAUUGUAGCCAGUAUCGUGGUUCUAAUCAACAUGAUGCUCAAGAAUUUCUGUUGUGGUUACUGGACAAAAUUCAUGAAGAUUUAAAUCGUGCUGUUAAGAGUAAAUACAAAGCGACCAAGGACAGUGUUGGUCGCCCGGUUGAAGCUGUUGCAGCCGAGGUUUUAGCUAACUAUUGCAGAUGUAAUGAUAGUUUUGUGUUGGAUACUUUUCAAGCCUAUUUGAGGUCAUCUCUUACUUGCCCUUCCUGCAAUCAACAGUCUAAUACAUUUGACCCAUUUUUAUGUGUAUCAUUGCCGCUAUUACAGCGUGAUACCCGAUUUGUGUCAGCCACAGUUGUUUACUACGAUUUAUUAAAGCAGUGUUGCCGCUUUGGUGUUGAUAUAUCGCCUGAUGAGACGGUUGAUAGUUUAUGUAAGAUAUUCAGCCAGCAGACGAAUAUCAAGCCAGAAUUAAUGUUAGUGGCUAGUGUGGAUUAUUAUGGGAUUCGUCGUUUAUUAAGCAGUAAAGACCUGGUGAUGGAUAUUAGUAGUAACGAUACCUGCUAUAUUAUGGAGCUUCCGAACUGUAUCGAUGACGCUAUGGAAACAACAGAUCGGGCUAACAUUGCUCCUAAAGCUACAGAAGAGACAUAUCAAGAAGUUAACAAUUCAGAAACGAUUGCCAUUGUUAUUAUCAAUAGGAGAGGUAGUGGAUACACGGCAACCAGAUUUGGCCGACCUGUUGCUUUUCGAUGUCAUCGCAACAUUAGUUACGAAGAUCUAGCUAAAGCUAUUUUACGAAAGAUUUCGGAGACGCUUACGGAAAGGAUUAAUUAUGAGUACUCCAAUGAUAAUCCACCAUUUGCCUUAAGACUUGUUAAUGCUACAAAAGAUUUGGGCCUAUUGAAUCAAACCGACGAAUAUCCUUUACAAAAUCAAAUUAUAGACAGAGCCCUGUCAGUAUGUAAGAAUUGUCCGUCUCACAUUGAAUUGAUGAUAGAAUGGGACGCUGAAAUGAAAGACAAGGAUGAGCUUAUAAAUUUAUUUUCGGAAACCCAUAUUAGAAUCAUAGGUUGUGUUAUUGAAGAAAAACCAAUAGAGGAUAUAACUGUUGCUGAGAAGGGGAAUUUUCCUUCGAGUAUUACGUUAUAUGAUUGCUUAAAGAUAUAUACCAAAGAAGAGAAGCUUUGUGAAGACAGUGAGUGGAAUUGCUCAGCAUGCCAUAAAGUUCAACGUGGUAUAACAAAGACAUUAAGCAUGUGGACAUUACCAGAAGUGAUGAUUGUACAUUUGAAGAGGUUUAAACAGAUUGGAGCACAUUUUACCAAAUUACAUGACAUUGUAAGCUUCCCUAUUGUUGGGCUAGAUAUGUCAGAUUUUAUCGGACGGCCAGAUAGCGAUGAUAUGCAUAGUUACGGAAGUUAUCGCAACCAACGAGAUUUCAGGCAUCAAAGUAGUAUAUAUGAUUUGUAUGCCGUAUGCAAUCAUCAUGGAAACAUGGGUAGCGGCCACUAUACGGCAUGUUGCAGAAAUCCAAGUAACGGACGCUGGUAUUCAUUUGAUGAUGCUAGAGUUGAGGAAGUUUCAAGCGACUUUAUUGUUACGAAUGAUGCCUAUAUACUGUUUUAUGCCCAACGCACUGUUGGCGCCAAUUUACUAUACGACUAUUUUGGAACCUCAGCUUUUUCUCAUUGGACUGAAAAAGUCAUAUCUUUUUGUGUUGAAAGUUCGGAGGAUUCUGACAAUAAUGAAACUAUUAGCAAAUCAGAAUUGAUAGAGUCCUCACUCGUGAAAACAUGGAAUGGAGCAGUUGAUGCUAAUAACAUACUAUCAACUGCAAACGAAGUCCCUAAAAGUGAGGCUAAUGUCAAUGAGAUGGUUAAUGUGAAAUCAAGUGAUGAUUUUAGGAAAAUAGAACAACCUAAGGAUUACACUUCGCCCAAUUCCGCAGAAAGUUGUGGCAUCGAUAGUGUAAGCGAUUCUUACACAAUUUCAAAAUGUAAAGUUGUCGCAGAAACUGUCGUUUGA